GAUCCGUUUAAGAAGAGCUUGUCUGUACAUUCGGUAACAUGCAACAAAUGUAGCAAUUGCAACCAUCUGUAAUAAAUAAUGGAUCAAGUACAUAAUCGCAUGCAUCGCACAGUACAAUGCAUCAAUGGGUUCAAAAGGUCAGCCUGUGUGGUAGCUUCUACACCGCCGAGUAGGCGGUGAAUUGGUUAUCAGCAGAUUAGAUAGAACCGUCAAGGUCGAUGGAAACAUAAAAGAGGCCAACGUGGUUGCGAUCUAGGAUAGGAUGUGACACCUGCAACUUCUCUGUCUAAUUUCACAGCUUGCUGUCUUGUUUUUCCGCGUUGCUAAGAUUAUUGGUCCCCAAAUUGGUCUCUUUUGGGCUGACUAGUUGUCGUAUCCUAUCCUAGGUUGCGAUGAGCUUCCAAACGAGUCCAACACGCCCGGUCAGGCCAGUGUCCUCCAAUGCCGUCUCAAGCUUCGCCCCUACCUCGCGGGUCGUUUUUUUGCGUCUUUCACGUGUACGUAAUUGACGGAGUAGGUUUGGGCACGCGCCUUCCUAUCCUUACGUGCGUUCACCGCCGGGAAUGUUCCAUCAGGGUUGGCUAUCGGCUACGCAAAGGUCCUCGAGUACCAAAAAUGUCUCCACCGCAAAUUUCCACGUGGUCCAGUUUUCACGACCGGCCAAAUGUUCGAUACACGGCAGCGUUGACGAAAUCUGAACUGCAUUCGGGUUUCCUUGUGGGUCAACGAUUCCACGGACUAGUGAUUUUCCGGCGAUGCCAUUUUCACUUUACAUCGAUUUUUCCUACUUUUUCACCUGACCUAUAACCCUUCAGGAAGAGCCGUAGAAAGAAAAUCACACUUCGGUUGACGGUUAAACUUGAAAUGAAAAUUUUAUUAUUUGAAAUCUGUACUACGUCUACUCCCGUAUAAAAAUGAACCAUUGAAUCUAUGGGAAAAACAGUACAAAAACAAAAGAUUUUUAUGUUAACCAUGUUUUCUAUUGUUUUUGUAUUGUGAACUGAAUUUAAAAAAUGCAAUUCGGUGUAUCAAUAACAAUAGGUCAACAUUAAAUUUCAUUGUUACAGUAUUUUCUAUAGGCAAACAAUAGAGAAACAUUUGAUUCUAUUGUUACAAUAGAUUAACAUUAGAUUAUUUUGUUAUUAUUAGAUAUCCCUAUGUUCUUUUCCAAUAUUACAAUUUUCCAUAAUUUUGACACCGCUUAGUUUCAGUGUUGAGCACGAGCAGCAAUAAUAUCAAAUGCGAUUUAUGUAGCUAAAACAAAAAAAACUUUCGAGUUAAGUUUCGAGUGCAUUUUGAGUAUAAGCCUCUAUUAAAUGUUAGGCGAGUUUUGCUCGCGUAAACAAAACAUGCAAAACAUUCACCGUCGCAUCAUCGCAAGUUUGGAAAACCGGGUUCCACCGGUCGGUAUUCCUAACGAUAUUCCUGACUCCUGCAGGGAAAAGCAGCCCUACACCGGAAAAAUCGGAAUCUUGUAGGUGAGUAGGUUUUUUUCGGAUUGGGAUGAGAGAAAGGGAAUUUUCUUCAAAACUUCUCACCGUCUGUUUUUUGUUGCAGGUUGAAAAAAAAAAACUGCCGGAAUCAACAAAGGGAAGAUUCAGCCAGGAAAAUACCGCUGUGUGGAUGCGGAGAAAAUGACUACCAGAAAAAUGCGCCUGCAUCGGGUGGCUAACCUCCGGUGUUACCUUUCGGCCGCAAGAAGGAAGAUGAUGAUGGGUGAAGAACUUCGUCGGGGAAUUACGUCAACGCCAAGGACGAGGAGGGAGAAAUGGAAGCCAACAUCCCAACCUUCCACCUACAAGCCGAACAAGGACAGUGUCCUAUAGAUCUGCAUCCGAUGUUCCCGAUGCACCAGCUCUCGCUGCAAAGACAAUUCCGGGGCAGUCACCGGGAAAGCUCAUUGAUGAAGUUCCGGCCACGCUAACCUGAGGAGGCAAUUUUAAUAAACUGGACCUGAGGAGGCUCAACGCGAGGUCGUGCUGGUGAUGGACGAAAAAAUGUGAGUCCGCUGGCGGAUUGUAGAAAUGUGUAAUGCUUUAACGGAUUUAUUAUUUACAAAGCACAAAGAGUAACGAUGUAUACGCCGGACAAGAUUUCAAAUCCACUGUCGAUUUGCAAUUUGAAGAGAAGUUUAUUCAGAAGCUACACACACACAGCCAGGAGCGAAUCAUCGAGAAAGAGCCGAUGCACACGGGCGGGCGCGUCCACGCAGUGUGCACGCAAGUGCGUCCUGAGCUACACAUAAUCAAAUGGGAGGAUGCACAUGAGAACGCAACGCUACCGCACCGUGUGCAGCACGCAAUGCAAACGCAUACCCCACAGGACAACACCCGCAGGACCCCACAGUUGCGGCGACGCUGUGUGAAUUAACGCUUGUGUGUAUCACGUCAAAGCCAGGCACUUAGGGGGCAUCCAUUUAGUACGUCACGCUAAACAUGGGAAUUUUCAACCACCCUCCCCCCUUCGUACGGGUUUUUCCUAUACUUAAUACAUUGCUUGUCACACUUUUCAGAACCCCCCCCCCCCUUCUUAGCGUGACGUACUUUACUUAAGCCAAACUUCAAUAAGAAGCGCAGUAACGAGAACAUGAUGAAGAAAUCCGUUCCGAACGUGAGAUAUGACGAAGGCUAAGGUUAAGAUUUUUCGUUCGUACCUUAUUUGAUUUUUACUAAUAUGUAAUGUUAUAGGCCCCUAUAUCCACAGCUGUAAACGCGUGAAUAUUCAGCAUGCAUGCUGAAGGUGACGGGUUCGAUUCCCGUUCAGUCCAGGAACUUUUCGUAAAUGAAAUUUUCUUGACUUCUUUAGGCAUCUUGUUAGGCAUACAGUAUCUUAUAGCCUGUCACACGUUCAAUAUGUAUACACAUGCAGAAUGAUCAUUGCCAGAGGAAGCUAUCAGUUAACAGCUGUGGAAGUGUUCAUAUUGUUGGAAGUUAGAUAGCGUAGAACGCUCGGGUAGCGUCGAACCUUCAGGUACGUGAACGGCGGCAGUUUUGUUGGUAGGUACAAUUGUUGGAGAGAUGGCAGAGGUAUGAAGUUUGGAAGAAGUUUGUUGAAUUGUAUAUACCUGAAUGGAAUUAAGAGUGUGGCGGUUGCAGAUUGAGGUAUCAGUCGGCAGCCGUCUAGUUUGAUGGAAGAUGUCUAGCGUUUUAUUUUCAUUGUAAUUUAGAAACAGGCAUCGACGGAGCUAGCCUCGCUAUGGCCUGCGUGGCUAUGGUGGACUUGACUCCUACACAUAUAACCACAAAGCUCAGAAGUAGGCUUUGUUCCCGUGAGAACGUUACUCCAAGAAAAAGAAGAAGAAAUAUGUUAUGUUUGAUUAAUACUCGGAUUAAUAAUUAUAUUUUCUUUCAUUCUGGAGCACGGAAUAGAAACAUAUUCUGCAUUUGGACACUUUAAAUGGUCUUCCAACAUAGGUUUGCUCUUUCAGCCUGGAACGCAUGUGUUUGAGUUAAAUUAUUCUAUUGAAUUUCUUUAAUUGUUAUAGUUAAGCACGCUUUAAUGUUACUUUCGUACCUCAUCGCCCACCCGAUGCAAUUACAGAAGCUUGUGUAGACGAAAAUCAAUUAACUUAGGGAAGGGAGUUUCAAAAUGACACACGAAUGUUUCAUAGUGUAAAACUCAUCUUUUACAUUGUGCUUGAACGCUUCGAACGAUCUUCUCAUAUGGGUUCAAGAUGUAGUAUAUCGAGUAUUUUUAAGUGCUAUAAUAAUGGCUAAGCACGCUGUAAUGUUACUUUUGUACCUCAUCACCCAAUAAAUGCAACUACAUUAGUGGUCUUAUAACACUUAGCGCGCUUAGGCACGGUUCCAUCAUGCCGCUUAUAGUGUUGCCACAUAUAAUGCUUAGUCUGCUAAACCCAGUUAUCUGGCUGUGGGGCAUGGGAGCCAAAGCUUUAACCAUUAAUGCAACUUGACAUUACUCGAUUUACAACAUGAAUGAUCCAAAUAUUUGAUAACUGUUCGGUCUGUGUCCUUAAAAUGUUGCUUAAAAUAUACAAGCUUCUAAUCCAAAUGCAUAGUUAUAGUUCAGUUCGCUUUGUUUAAGAGUUUUUCAUGCAGUCAAGAACAAAAGCAGAAAGCACAAAUUGAUCUAACCCUGCCAAAAUGUUCAUAUUCUUUUGUACCUAAAAUUAAACUAUUCAAAAACAUCAGAAUUUUUUGUUUCACCAUAGAAAACAAUUGAAUCUAAUGUGCGACCUAUAAUAACAUCAGUGCUCGAAGCGAUACGUUUACCGUGGAUUUCACUGUUUGAAACAAUUCGAAAACAUAAGAAUCUUCUGUAUCACAAUAGAAAACUGAACCGAAACCACUGAAUUCAAUGUAAAAGCAAUACAAACCAGCAUGUACUGUUUCACAAUAGAAAACAAUUCCAAAACAAUUGAAUCAAAUGUAUAACCAGUAAUAAAAUCACUGCUGAAAACAAUACAUUUACCGUACAUUUCACUGUUUAAUACAAUAUGAAAACAUAAGAAUCUUCUGUAUCACAAUAGAAAACAAUUCCCAAACCAUUGAACCAAACGUGGAACCAGUAAUAAAGUCACUGCUCAAAACAAUACGUUUACCGUACAUUUCACUGUUUGCAACAAUUCGAAAACAUAAGAAUCCUUUGUAUCACAAUAGAAAACCAUUCCCAAACCAUUGAAUUCAAUGUAAAAUCACAGUUCAAACAAGAAUGUUCUUGGCAUAUUUAACUGUUCAAAACAAUACAAAUACAUAAAAAUGUACGGUAUAUUUCAUUCCACGUAUCGGCAUUAACAACAUUUCAUUAACAUUAGAAUUUUCUGUUUUGCGAAAAAAGUUGUAUGGAAAAAAGUCUUUUUUUGUAUUGUUACGAUACUUAACAACCUAUACAAUUCAAUGUGAAAUGCUCAUUCACAUUUGAUUCUAUUGUUAGAAACAUUUAAUUCUAUUGUUUUUCUAUUGUUAUUUUAACAUUGAAUUCUAUUGUAAGAGCAUUGUUUUCAAUGGUUCUGUUACAUUAGAAUCCUAUGUUUUUCUAUUGUAUUUUUUAUCCGGGCUGUGAUGGGUUUAAGCGUCGCUGUGGGUUACACUUUUAAAUUCAAAUUCUGCACGCCUACUACUGACGACACAUUUACCCUUGUUAGUAGCAGCCGAAACUCCGACAGAAUAGAAGCCGUGAACGCCGACAUGUAAUUUGUGGUACCCGAGUACGGGCCUGGUAUGAAAUAAACGAGUAAUGCGUGAAGAGUACGGGCCUGUGGAGAAGUGUCAGAUUGUUAUGCAGAGAAGUACGGAAUGAAUGUGAUUGAGAUCGGUUGCUAAAUGAGUAAUUAUUAAACGUUGUAUUUCUUGUAAUAAGUAUCACAUUGGCGACUGAGGAAAACCGGGAAACAUUGAAAUAUAGGACUGCUAUACUACGCAAAGGUAGUAGCUGCUGAGCAGCGGAUUGAAUGCUAUGCUACCAAAGGGUAGCAGCUGAUAAACAGCGGUUUCCGAUUCAACUAUACUACCGGCGGGUGGUGGCUGUAGAAACAGCGCUAGAGGAAGGCUGCCAAAGGGCAGCGGCUGUAGAACAGCGACUGUUAGGCCACUAAGGUGGCUCUAGAGCGAGCGUCAGGCUACAUAAAGUUAGCGGCUCUCGGAGCUGUAUAACAAUCUUCGAAGAAGAAGCAGCUCUCAAGCAGAAAACUCGAACUUUGACGGUAAGGCAAAUCAUUUAAGAAAAAUAACAAGUAGAGAACUGACAGCAAACCAUUAUUUUAGUUAUCAACGAACCUAUACGAUGGACAAGUGGGACAUCCCACAGUUUCAGUUCCGGACCCUUUCGAGGAACAUGGUACGCAACGAGUGGAUUAAAUACAAACGAAAUUUUGAUUUUGUAGCUACCGCCAAACUGGACGCCUACUUUGCGCCCAAACAACACGAUACGUUUGAACGCAACUUGUUCUGGACAUUAAAACCAAACCCAGAUGAGACUUUGGUCAAGUUCAUGCUCCGGUGUCAAGAACAGUCCAACAAAUGCGAUUUCGGCAAAUCUGCCGAGGAAAGCAGGUCGAUUAGUGUUAUCGAUAAGGUCAUUCUUUUUGCUCCCAGCGACUUGAAAGAACAACUGCUACAAAAAGACAGUCUCCACAUUGAUGAAGUCACGAAAAUGGUAAGCUCCUACGAAUCCGUGAAGCACCAAGCUCGGACGAUCGAUUGGUUCAUCUGGCGGUGUUUCCGAAAAUAUGGCUGGUCUAGAAUCCACCAGCGGCGUCAACAGGAUUCGUCCCGAUGCAAAAGAGUGCACUCGUUGCGGAAGGAAAGGUCACUACGCGAACGACAAGAACUGCUCGGCAUUAGGAAUAAGGAAUGCAACAAAUGCAAGCGCAUUGGGCACUUUGCCAACCAGUGCCGGACAGCGGUUUCAUUGAAGCGGAAAUUCGAAGAUUCAAACAUCGGAAAUAAACGUCUGAAGCCAGAACGUGUCCGCGAAAUAAGAAACAACAAUGAAAACCAAGGAGAUGUAAAGGAUCGAAGUUUCAUAUUCAACAUAAGUGAUGGUGACGAGUUGCUUUGGAUGAAGGUUGGAGGUGUACUCCUGCAGCUGAUGGUCGAUUCAGGAUGCAAGCGGAAUAUCAUUGACGAAAAAUCGUGGAAUUACCUGAAAACAAAUGGCAUCAAAACGUGGAACCAGAAGAAAGAGUGCGAUGAGGUGUUCUUUCCAUAUGGCGAGGAUGCAAAACCUCUAACGGUACUUGGGUCGUUUGAGACAACGGUUGGAGUUGAAGAUGCUGGAAAGCCCAACUAACAAUCACUCAUUUAACAGGCAUCAUUAUGACGAAUUAAUUCAGCAUAAUGUUGAAUAACUUUUGAAUUAUUUUCACGUACAACCUAUGUUCGGGUUUUGUUCACACAAAUUUGGAGAAGUUAUUAAGCAUCAUGUUGUGCACCUACUUAAUUUUUUUGUUGCUCAAAGCGUUUUACAAAUGCACAGGAAAGUUGUUAUUCGGCUUUGGCAAAAAUGACCAAAAAUAACUAAAAUGCAAAAAUGUUGAGCUCUCACGAGAGUAAUUGUUUGCUCUUAUGUUGAGAACACCUAUUAUGAAAUAAGAAUUACAUAUAAAAUUACCUAAAUUCGGAUUAGAACUCAAGACCUGUCGAUUGCCAGCCGCAUGCCUUCCUAUCUGCGCCAUCCUAGAGAUGGUGAGAUGCAGCACCCAAAGCAAAACAUAAUCUUCCCAUGACUCAAUAAUGAUCACUCCUGAACUUGUGUUCAGCAGUGGUGAAUUAGCACAGCACGUGGUAAUCAACUGAACAACGCCUUAUACUUCUACAGCUGUUCAGCCCAAAACACGUGUUUUCCAUUCUGAUUUCGCUGUCAGUAUUUUUAUCGCACGGUGAGAAAACUUGUAACGAAUGCGGCCAAAAAGUGUUGGUCCUUAUUAAAGAUAUUGUUUCCCGACGUACUAAUAGACCAUUCCCGUGAAUUUUUUUUAUUUGCUCUACGGCUUUCUGUCAAUUUAUUGAGCAAACUUUCCCAAGGAACCCAUAUAUUUUGAAGCCUCUAACUAUUGAAAAACAAUGAAAAUCUUGCGAAGUAGCGAUUAACCCUGCAGUCUCCUAUUAAUUAUUCCACCACGAUUUUCGUUGAACCCCUUUCUCUCCUACGGUUCAGCAGCAGCGACGUGGUGAGUUUCUGAUCAGCUGCUUACUGUCAGUGAGACGUUUUCAAAUUUGUUUUGUUUUGUUUUGAUUUUGUAAUCACGUUAGCUGGUCAAAGAGGAAAACCCAGGAAAACCGUCGGAAGCUGCUUCUCGCGUUUCUCGUGAGCCGCAAGCCGCAAUCAAAAUUGGGUUCCAUCGUCUUGAAAAGACCAGCCGCCGAUACACCUGUUAUGUAUCAAUUCUGCCGGAGAAGAGGCAUCUUCCGUACAAACUGCGCCGAACCGGAUUUACUCAGAAAAUCGACGAAAUUGUUUUUUUCCCUCCGGAUGAGUUGUUUUGAAUGUGGGUCCAGCAUAGCAUAUAACCUUCCUCUGGCCAGUUAAACCAAUAAUCACCGAGUUGGCCUGUUUGUACCAAAACUGACCAAGAUUAUCACCAUCAAAAAACAAGCACGGUCCUAUUCCUUGGCUCGAGGUACCAAACGGGAUUUAAAAUCGAUAUUUAUUACCAUCCGUCUUCGCUGGUCCGCCGUCUUCGCUACUUUAGUGUGCCUGGGCUUGUGGGAAAAUAGCGCCGACAGUUGGACCUAUCCGAUAACUUUUCCGACUGGUGGUGGUGACGAUAUUCAACAUUGGCCAGUGUUAUUCAACGGGGAAAGUUGGACGUUGAUCCGCUGGUUCCCGCGGAACAGAAAACGGCGCGAAACAGAAACGGCGCGGUCGCAUUUUGUAAAGGAACGUCGGUGUCGCCGUUGAUCUCGGAUCCGAUUCCGGUGUGUGUUCCGGCCGGAUACUUGUACUAUUGCUAACCCCGAGCCGAACCCUGGAGGAAGUAAAGUCACCUAAUUUCGCACACCGAAGGCCGAUGAGAAAUGGGGAUAUUCUACGGUUGUGCUGGUGGUCGUGAAGCAAUAUAUGAGGAUGUCGUUUUUCACCACCAAGAAGAACAAGAAGGAGUUUGAACGACGAAACGAGGGGAUUUUGAUGCAUCGUUGGACCAUGAUGCGUCUGAAAAGCGAUUCAAACCGCAGCAGCAGCAGGCGGUGCCCAUACGGAAUGAAUUGAGCGAUGACGAGUUGGACGACGACCGGAGGAGAAAGUCAAGCAAGCGAUGAGCGGUGGGCGAAGGAGCGGAAAUACCACCGCCUCCUACGUUCGAGUCCAAGUGUGACAGGGGGGUAUUGAAAAUGUCCAUAUACAUAUUUCCGUGGCUAAACUUACGAUAUAAAGACAGUAGACCUUUGCUGUGAUAGAACCUAUGUUGGUCAGCGUUAGCACUACCAAAUGACAGACAAUAGUUAAGAACAAUUCUAUAACAUUCUCCAAAAACCUUUUUCAAAAAUUUCGAUUCAGACCAUUUUUCAGUGAUGUUCUGGGAGGAUUCCUAAUUGAUUAAAUUCCCCAGUCCAACUUUACAAGUUUCUAAGCUCUUAUAUUGUCCCAUAUAAAUAGGGAACCCAACAAAUAUGGGACUUAUAUGCGAUCAUAGGCAGUAUAUCUCCUACAUAAGCCCGUGAGCAGAAAAAGGGAUUGAGCUUUUAACUCGGUAAAUUACAUAUAACCCGUGCUGAACAAAUUUUAAAUUUUUCAAUUGUUUUACAACGCGUUGGAUAAAUAACUAUUCAUUUAUUAUCGUUAACACUGAGCACCCAAAAUACUCCAAAUUGAUGGUUUAUGAGAUUUUGACUCCUGAGGAGGUGGUUGCGGUAGUUGAGUUAUAUUAAAUCCCAUAUUAUUAAGCAUUAGCAUUAAGCGAAUCGCACAAAUUCGUAGGUACGCAGUACAGUCAGUCCUAUAUGACUAUAGACCGCUGUUAUGAGGAUUGUCUCCUACCCGUCAGACACUAAAGCACAAAGAUUUGAAAUCAAUCUCUCAUUCUUCGACAAGACUGAUGCAAUGGUCCAACACACUAUAGGAUAUCAGGCGGACAAAAAUCAGAAAAGUGACUUUCACCAAUGCUUGUUCUGAAAUUUUCUAUCAAUAAUAAACAUAUAAACUAAGAAAAAUCCAGAAUUUCAAGUUUCUAGCUGAUGUAGUUACAAAGAUAUUGUGCAUCAAAGUUGAGUAAAGCUAAAAAAUGCCAUUUUCGCAGAAAACCAACACAAAUAUCAAAUUGAUAUUUUAUAAUUAAUAUCAUCAUUAUCUAUUGGUUUCAAUACAUCAUUGGUAAGGUAAUAAAGCAAACUUUCCAACAAGCAGGUGGUUUUGUGAAAUAGUUGAACAAUUGUAAGAAAAGCGGUAAAAGAAGAAGUUGACAAAGGCUAUCAUGGCAAGCCACAUCAUCAUGAAAUUCGACAUGUUUGUCACCGUUUUGGACUAACCCCUAUAGCAACCGUAUAUUGUUAUAAUUUUCGUAUUCUUGUGUAUCAGUUUAGCUAAAACAAUUAAAAUCACAAGGAGAGGGGUGA